GCCGAGAGAUGGAGGUCGUGAGCGAGCAAUGGGUGCGCAGUCGAAAGACGCAUUUUCCCCAUUCCACCCCGCGUGUCCCAGCGACCUUCUAGUUCGCCUCCAGCCUGGGGGUCAAGCAGGGCACGAAGGUGGAGCUUUGCGUCUUCGCUCAGGGCGGAUUCCCGCAGGUGGGAGGCGCUCCGGAGUUCAGGCUCCCGCGGUUUAAGUUAAGGCUCUGGCAGAGGAGGGGAAAAAACUGCUUGUUGAACUUGCCGGCCGACGGUCGCUUCUUCACCGUUUCCCAGACUACUGAGGCUGAGCCAUGGGGAAGCUGCUGGCGCUCGCUAUCGUCGGGGUGCUUGCCGCGUUGAUCGGAGAAAGGCUGAUGGGAUUUCGACAUAGAAUGUGUGCCUCGCGAGAACUGAAACCAAAGCGCCUUCCAAAUUGCCACCUUAUUAAAGGAAUUGAGGCGGGCUCAGAAGAUAUUGACAUACUUCCUAAUGGUCUAGCUUUCAUUAGUUCUGGCUUAAAAUACCCUGGGCUUAAAUCUUUUGCACCCGAUAAAAGAGGAGAAAUAUUGCUGUUGGAUUUAAAGGAGGAUGAUCCUCGACCAGUUGAGCUGAGAAUCAACCAUGGAUUUGAUCUGGCAUCUUUUAACCCUCAUGGGAUCAGCUUAUACAUUGGCGAUGAUGAUGCUGUGUACCUCUUUGUUGUAAAUCAUCCACGUUACAAGUCGACGGUGGAGCUAUUUAAAUUUGUGGAAGAUGACAAUUCUCUUGUGCACCUUAAAACGAUCAAACAUGAGCUUCUGGCAAGUGUGAAUGAUAUUGUGGCUCUGGGUCCUGACAGUUUCUAUGCCACCAACGACCACUAUUUCACUGGGAUUACCUUGAUGCUCUUGGAGAUGUUCCUGGGUUUGGCCUGGACAAAUGUUGUCUACUACAGCCCACAAGAAGUUAAAGAAGUGGCAGCAGGAUUUUACUCUGCCAAUGGCAUUAACAUUUCACCUGAUGGGAAGUAUGUCUACAUUGCGGACUUACUUGAUCACAACAUUCAUGUCUUCGAAAAGCAUGCCAAUUUGAGUUUAACUCCUUUGAAGGUACUGCAGUUAGACACUCUAGUUGAUAACAUAUCGGUAGAUCCUUACACUGGAGACGUUUGGGUGGGAUGUCAUCCCAAUGGCAUGAAACUGUUCCUUUAUGAUCCAGAGAACGUUCCUGGUUCAGAGGUCCUUCACAUCCAGGACAUCCUUUCUAAGAAGCCUACAGUCACCCAAGUGUAUAUUGAUGAUGGGUCGGUCAUCCAGGGGAGUUCAGUUGCAACCGUGUAUGACAAUCAGCUGCUUAUUGGCACCGUAUUUCACAAAGGUCUUCACUGUGAGCUGUAGUUUGUUCCUCCUGGACUUUGUCGCCAUAAAGAUUAACAAGAGUGUCCCUGACUUAUUUUUCCCCCCUCAUGAAGGAGAUAACACAAGAACUCUUAUAUUUUUAAAAAGGAGAACCAGUGCUGGGAGAUAUGUUGGAUUUUUCUGUUUGGCAGUAUAAUUUAACAGCGAGCCUAAAGUUGUGCCUCAGGAAAUGGAUCUGAAGUUGCUGUUCUUUUGUUUUGGAUGACCAUUGAUGACUCAGGUUUCUUUUCAUGGUUGGGGGGGGGUGAAGAUAAUCCUUAAUGACUCAUUGAUACUAGGAGUGUGCACUGCUUCUUUCAAAGGAUUCUCCUUGGAACGUCAAUCAAUUGUCUGUGUCCAAAAGGCCCCCAAGGAAGUAUGAGACCUAUUGCAUUCCAAGUUUCUUAUUUUCUCAUUUCUCCUUUUUUACUGUUUCCAUUGUUAGGGACAUCUAUAGACUUGGGAUGUUAUUCAACCAAGUCCUACUCAGAGUAGACUAAUUGAAGUCAAUGAACCUAUGGUAUUCAUGUCUAUUAACGUCAGUGGGUCUAAUCUGAGUAGGACUAGCAUUAAAUGCCUUUCUAGACAGAGGCAUAUUUAGAUGAGGCCAAAGGUGAUGGAUCUGGUCCAUAGAUUAAGAGCUUUCUUUUUUUAAAAAAAGACAAUUGUCCCUAUCAGCUGUUGAGCAGGGAGUAGAGAUGGGACUGAAUCUGUCCCUCACUGCCCUUUCUACACAGCUGAUGGGCACAGCAUCUGCUUUUUCAAGAAGGCAUUGUAUUUGUAGCCCCAGCUGCUGAAUCCAUGAGAAGAACCAUGUGCAUAGCAGCAAUCUGCAGACCUCAUUCCUCAUCUGGUUAGGGAUAGGUAGGCAGACCUGGCACCUACCUGGAUUGGGGUGGAUGUGAUCAAACCUCUCUUUUUUUCCCCUGAAAAGGGCACCAUGCCACAGCCUUGCAGAGCACAGUGGGUGCCCCUGUGCCCCGAAACCUCUUCUGCACCUGCUUCUCUCCAUGUGUAUAGCUCAGUGGAAUGUCCCAGGGUCACUCCCUGGCAUCUCCAGGUAAGCAUGGGAGAUGUCCCCAGUCUGGAUCCCCGGCAAGCUGCUGCCAGUUGGUAUAGACGCUCCUCAGCUAGAUGGACCAGUGAUCCGACUGGGUAUAAAGCAGCUUCUUCUGUGUUUUGUGUUCCAGCCCAAGCACUGCCAUUUCAGCCCCCAAACAGAGCUUGCACACACUUUGCAGUUCAGCGCUAGGUGUGGAGACCACUUGCCCCACUAGUGGUUGUUCAUUGACUAUAGCUGUGUCAUCAAAGAGAAUCAAUAGCUGGGUAAUGUCUGUAGAAGCAUAAAGGUUUUCAUUGCUCUGCCACUUUUCCUUGCUUUCCUUUGCAGGGCAAUACAGAGAGAAAUUUGUCCCCUGCCUUAUAGUUUUAGAAUGGCAAUAACCUGGCAAAAUGCCUAGAACAAACUGUCAUUUAUGCAAUCACCUUAGGCAGGGGAUAUAAUACAAGGCACAUUGCAGCAUGGUCUACUCUCAUCUCAGGCACUGUUCUUCUGACUUAAGCUGACUACCAAAUGAAUUUAUCAACUGCAUAGAUCAAUUUUGUUUGUUUUAAUUCAUUCCUCAAAAACAUUUCUUGCUGGUCUCAGCCAAUUGCAUCAUUCUUAAACCACAGCAAGCAAGUCUAGCUUAUGAAUCUCUGUAGUCUCUGAAAGACCAUAGUGAAGCGAUGGUCUUAGCUGUUACUGUUCUGCAGGGAUGGGGCAGGAGCCAAUUGCAGCCCUCGAAACUCUCCUCUAGUUGAGUUCCUCUCUCUCCACACCAGGCUCAUCGCUGGCCCUGUGCUCUGCCCUCAAGUGCUUUUGCCUGGCUGGAAUGUGUCCUUGCACUGUGAUAUUGCCACUUGCUUGCCUGGACAGAGAGAAGUGUGGAGCGCACAUUUAGAAACCUCUGGCAUUUGAAUGGCUGAAUUGUAGCCUACUGUACAAAGGCAAAGAGUCGCAUCUGUUGCCCCACCUACUUUGUUGCUUCUGGCCUCUCCCAUUGGCAUGGAGCCCUUAGAAGGUUGCUCAAGGUUGCUACUGCCCUUGGGCUGGAAAAAGGCUGUACUCUGGGAGAUAGUACUGUGCACAAAAGUCUGAUUUCCUCUGACUACAGCUAUACUGCCUCUAUUUUCCUGAUAAUGCUGCCAGAUUUACAAGGAGCCUCCUAUUUUACUAUUAUGGUCUCUGUGUGACUAUCAACAUACUAUUCUCUUCUGUUAAAAUAGCUUUCUCUCCCAUUUUCCUAGCAGGAUGCUAGAAGGAUAGUACAGGGCUAAAUGGGCUAAAAAUGCAGGAUUUCUCUGACUACUUAUGCCAGUGAGUUGUUUUCCCCACUGGUCUUGGUGAAAUCACCAAACUGCUGCAACUAUUGUCUGCAUCUGUCAAGAGGACAGAGUUUAGGGUGGCUGCAAAGAGACACUGUGAACAGUGUUUGGAGAUAUUAAGACACUGCUUUCUUUUGUGGUUUUUGAUGAAGCCUUCCCACACAGUGUGGAUAGCUCUCAGCUGGACUGGUCUUUGCUGAAUGUACUGCCGCUAAGGUGAGGGAGAAAAGGGUCUACCCUCCCUGCUAUUCUUUUAUACAUUUUUCAUGCUUCUUCUCGCUUGUUGCUUCCUUGAUUUGCUGCUGCUUCUAGUAAAACGAAAACUUCAGAAGACUUCUUGACUGUGUUACCUAGCCAAUUAAGGUUUCCAUAGAGAACGGAUACUACAGCAUCAUUGGCUACAUAAUGGCACUACUGAGAGCAAAGACAGCCUUCCCAAUGCCCUUACUCUGAAGAGAAAAGAAAGAGAAAUGCAUCCCCAUUGUUCAGGCAACCGGUUGGCAUUCCUCAUCUUGCCAUGCUCUGCUGGUGCUCUUAUUGCCUGCUAGCACUGUGCAACAACAUCUUCACCCUAAUUUAGCUCUAGUUAUGUAUGACUGAUUGGGUCAAAGUGCACAUUCAGAUGUGCUCCUGAAUGUGCUUUUUGAUGUAAUGCUGUGAGAAUGGAUGAUAAUUUCAAGGCAUUUUGAAACAACAUUGAAUGCAUAUGCACGUUCUGCUCCAACUUGACAACUGUGUGUGAUUUAAUUGGAGCCGGGGUAGCCAGCAUGGACUACAACUCCCAUCAGCCCCAGCUAGCGUGGCCAAUAGUUAGGAGUGAUGGGAGUUGUAAUCCAACAUCAUCAGGAGGCCAUUCCAAAGCCAGAGCAGGGGUGGGCAGAAGGUAGAUCAGGAUCUACUGGUAGAUAACUGGGUGCUUUGCAGUAGAUCAGCAAGGGUGUCUGACGCUUGUCUAACAAUAACAACGAAAAGCUCCUCUCCCAGUUUUGGUUGCUGAAAAAGAUUGGGGAGGCAGGAGCAGAUUUUUAUGUUAAAGGACUUGUGAACUUGGUUUUGCUACUGACCUCAAAUUCCCAGGCUCAAUAUGUGCUCAGAACCCUAAUUAUUUGUGUGUGUCUACUGGCUAAGCCACUUGAUGGACUUGGAGUUCUAGUAAAAAGAAAGUAGAUCUUGCAAGCCUGAAGUCUGCCCUAGAGUUGCCAUACUCAAUUCCAUGGAUGACUUGGGGGAGCAGCACUGUGUGUCUCAAUUUGUUUCAAUCCCAGAAGGUAUCUUUGCAAUUUCAUUAAAACAAAUCUGCCAAGAAAAAGCUCUGCUAACAAACUAUUGUUGUUUAUAGAGAUCUUUCUACCCUAUAUAUUAUGAAUUUUUGCUUUCAUGCAAAAGCAGGGCCUUCUUUGUGACAGUACUCACCGGUACAGAGCACCAAUACCUUUUUUUCUUUUGCUGCCUAUAGCAGCCAUACUUAAGUUAGCAAAUUGUUCCCUUUAGUGUGUAAGUAAUAAAGGCUGCAUGUGACAUUGCAUUUAUUAUUAUUCCUCAGUCAGCCUGUGAGAGUGGGUUCCUGUUUACCUUUUCUGGCAUAUCCAAUUGUAAGUUGUAACUCAGUAGGUAUGUGGUCAAAGCUAGCAGUGUCAUAGAAUCAUAGAAUGGUAGAGUUGGAAGAGGCCUAUAAGGCCAUCAAGACCAACCCCCUGUGCAAUGCAGGAAUCCAAAUCAAAGCACCAGCCCUUAACAACAGAGCAGCUGCUGUGUGGAACAACAGUUGGGAAAAAAAUCGAUUGACGAUUCCAUGCAUUUCUGCAAGCCUUGUGUGCUGCUAGAUUGUGAACAUUUGUUCUAAAUUUAAUUUUGUUGAGCAAAGAACGUUCUAAGAUUAAAUUGCCUCCAUCAGCUUUCAUUCCCUGAGUUGAGAAUCAGGCCUGUGUGCAUGUGUUUUAUCUUUUGAAUGCAGUCGGGGGGGGGGGGCUACAAACAUGCUGUGUGCAUGUGAAGGCUGUUGCAUACAGCAUCAGGAGAAGUUGCAUUUAUGGAGCUUUUGCAUCCUGCAUGCACUACCAAAUAUGUCGCUUCUUGCAAGAGAGCGUGCCAGCUAUCUAUUCAGCAGGGAAGAUCUGUGGGAACGCUAAUCACAAACCCCUAAAUUGGCUGUUCCCUUAAAUCAGGUGUGAGGAAUCUUUGGCCCUUCACAUGUUGCUAAACUAGAUCUCCCAUCAUUGGAAUGAUUGGGUGGAUGAUGUGGAUGUGUGUGAGGUGUAGGACUAGAGUGGGAUGAAUGAUAUUGAAUGAGUAGUAGGCACUGUAUGAUUUGUGUAGAUGUAAGGCAGAAUUUGGGUGUGAUGGGUAGUAUUUUGUGAGUCAGGAUGUGCCUUGGCAAGAGGGAGGUUAAAGAAAGAAGAUGUUUCAAAAUGUGCUAUUUUUUAGGGUUUUAUUGCAUUGUUUUACAUUUUAGUUUCUCAAUUUCAUUGUUAUGUACAGUGCCUUGCAAAAGUAAUCAGACCCCUGACCAAUGCUGUCAUCCCAGUUUACAGAGAUGAAAGAAACUGCCUUAUCGAGGACACAAUUACCUUACCAUUGGCCUCCACCUUGAACCAUCAAAGUUGCUGUCACAUUGACAGGAUAAAAACCCCACUGUUGAAGGAUCAUUGGCCAGGCUGUGGAUCUGAAGGAAAAUGAAGACCAAAGAGCAUUCUACAGAAGUGAGAGAUAAAGUAAUACAAAUGGAUAGAUUAGGAAAAGGGUACAAGAUAAUAUCCAUGUGUUUGGAUAUCCGAGUGAGUACAGUUGGAUCAAUAAUCAGGAAGUAAAAGCUGCCUCACACCACCCAGGCACUGCCAAGAAAAGGCCAUCCCUCAAAACUCAGCACUCGAACAUGAAGGAGAUUUGUGAGAGAAGCCAUAGAGAAGCCAACAAUCACCUUGUAGGAGCUACAGAGUUCAGUGGCUGGGAGUGGAGUACCAGUCAACCAUAUAAAGAGCUUUGCAUAACACUGGCCUGUAUGGGAGGUGGCAAGAAAGAAGCCAUUACUCAAGAAAUACCAUCUGAAAUCACGUCUAGAGUUUUCCAGAAAGCAUGGGAGUGCCCCAGCUGCAAUGAGGAAAAAGGUUUUGUGGUCAGGUGAGACCAAUAUAGCUUUUUGGCCAAAACUCAAAGCUCUCUGUGUGGUGCAAACCUAACCCUGCCCAUGCCUCAGGACACACCAUCCCUACAGUGAAGUAUGGUGGUGGCAUCAUCAUGCUGUGGGGAUACUUCUCAUCAGCAGGGACUGGGCAUCUUGUUAAAAUUGAAGGAGGAAUGAAUGGAUGGGGCAAAAUACAGGGAAAUACUGCAAGAGAGCCUGCUUCAGUCCACUAAAAAAACUGAAGUUUGGGAGGAAAUUCACUUUUCAGCAGGACAAUGAUCCUAAGCACAAGGCCAGAGCAAUAUUGGAGUGGCCCAAGAACAAAAGGGUGAAUGUCCUAUAGUGGCCCAAUCAAAGUUUUGAUCUCAAUCCCAUGCGCUCUUUGAAAAUUGCAGUCCACAGGCAACGUCCAACCAACCUGAACGACCUGCAGCAAAUUGGCCAAGAAGAAUGGGCCAAAAUCCCUCUGACACUGUGUGCAAAGCUGGUACAUACCUACCCCAAAAGACUUAAAGCUGUUAUUGCAGCGAAAGGUGGCUCUACCAAAUAUUAAUGUGUGAGGGUUGAAUACUUACGCAAGCAACAUGUUUCAGUUUGUAAUAUAUCUUACAAACAUAAAACCAAUGUCACCUUACAAUGUCAGUGUUUCUAAAUAAAAUGUCAUACAGAACAAAAUUAUAAUGUACCAUUUAUAAUUCAGUAACAUGAGAGCAUUGGUCAGGGGUCUGAGUACUUUUGCAAGGCACUGUAUAUUGUAUUGUUUUGUAAACAGCUUAGAGACUGUCAAGUAUUAAGUGGUAUAUUGUAUAUUUAAUAUGUAUGCUGUAUAACAUGCAUUAAAUAAAUAAAUAAUAAUAAUCCACCCCAGCAAACAUGGUCAAUGGACAGGAAUGAUGGGAGUUGUAACAUCUGGAGGGUCCACAGUUGUCUUAAAUCCUCAGCCAAGGUUUUAUGCUGCCACCUACAUGUGUGUAUCUAGCAUUUGCUGGGAUCCUCGUUCACACUCAUGAACCAACCUUGGUUAUCCCCUCAAAACCUCAGCCAAAGUGUGCUCUGUUUGUGCCGGCACCUAGAAGUAUAUGCCUGACAUCCUUCAGUGAAUCAGGUUGUGAAUGCGCCAUUGUUGUAUGAGGAUCUUGAGAUCAGAGUUUAACAAUCAGUCCCUCUUCCCGGGAACUCUGAGAACUGUAGCUUUGUGAGGGGAAUAGAGGUCUCCUCUCAGCACCCUUAAGAAACUACAGUUCCCAGGAUUCUUUGAGGGAAGCCAUGACUCUUUAAAGUGAUAUAAUACUGUUUUAAAUGUACCGAUACGGCCUUUGUGUAGUACUGAAUGCUUGCAAGACUGCCAACUCCUUCAUAGCCCUCAGGAUUGCUAGGGGAACCAGGAGAACAGAAUCAGUUUAAACUCCAGGUAUUGACAUGCCCUCUUUCACAUCUUUGUUGUUGUUAUGUGCAUCUAAGUCGACUACGACUUAUGGCGACCCUAUGAAUCAGUGACCUCCAAGAGCAUCUGUCAUGAACCACCCUGUUCAGAUCUUGUAAGUUCAAGUCUGUGGCUUCCUUUAUGGAAUCAAUCCAUCUCUUGUUUGGCCUUCCUCUUUUUCUACUUCCUUCUGUUUUUCCAAGCAUUAUUAUCUUUUCUAAUGAAUCAUGUCUUCUCAUUACGUGUCCAAAGUAUAACCACCUCAGUUCAUCAUUUUAGCUUCUAGUGAUAGUUCUGGUUUAAUUUGUUCUAACACCCAAUUAUUUGUCUUUUUUGCAGUCCAUGGUAUCCACAAAGCUCUUCUCCAACACUACAUUCUUUCACAUGUUAAUUAGUCAGAUUAAGGGAGAAAUAACAUUACAACACUCUCCUUGUAUGGCAAACCCUCCUUUGCUCUUGCUAGAACUGGCACUUCAGGCAUUUGCUGCAGCCUUCAGACUUGUUGUCACUGAUAGUCUUUCUAAUGUUUUCGUCAGCUGGGAAGGGAUGAUUUCUCUUUGAGACAGUUUUGCUUAUAAAACAUGAGGCGGUCAUUGUUGGACUGUGUGGCAAGUCAAAAGAAGAUUUGUUAAACAGUUCCUUUGAAAAUGGUUUAAUGUUACCCAAAAAGCAAGGGAAUAUUAUAGCAGAAAGCCAUGGCCUCUUCUAUUUAGAGUGUCCAUUUUAGAGCAGAGGCGGCGUCUUUUACUAGUGAAACAGAACACAGGGCAAGGGACUGCACUGUCAGGAGUGAGUCAGUCAAGCUCCUGAAGACUUUUUUCACAAGGCUUGUUCUCAAGAAGGUGUGUGGCCUGAAUGUUUGGCCAAGUGCCUGGAAUAUCCCAGUAGUCACAACAUUCAUGCAGCUGAGGAAGUCUUUAGCCUAGUGCUUUUUACAUGCAGCCACUUAUCUUGUGAAAGGCUUCCUAGUUUGAAGGAAGACUGUUAUGCACUCAUGGGAAUUUACAACCCCAGCAGACAUACCUGCCAGCUUCUGAAUGCUCCAAAGAGCCUGAGGUGAAAACACAGAGGUCUCUUCGUGGGUGUUGUGCUAAUAUAAAGUAAUGGCCCUAAAUGCAGGUGAACAAAACCAAGCUGGGUCCUGAUGAAGACUGGGAGAGAACACACAAGCUGUGGAGCUUCUUAUGUGUGGGGCUGGUUAACAAACAAAUAUGCAAGAGGCUCUAAUCUGGAUCAGGGCCAUAAAGUGUGGGGAUAUGGUGUGUUAACCCUUUUCAUCCUUACUGUGAUCCCAAUUAAAAUUGCCUCCUGUGCCAGUGAAAGUUUACCUCCCAUUGUGAAUAGCAGGCAUUUGAGGAGUGAGGGGAAGGGUUCCGAUGAGAACCAGCACAGGGUAAAGAGUUUAAGCCUCACUUCCUCUAUAUAAUGAUUCCAGUCUGGCUCAGGGGCCUUUGCGCUAUUCAUUUUUUAAAAAAAGAUUAGUAUUGGGGGAAUAAAACAACCCAGGGAAUGGUGUAUGGCCUGUUUGGGUGGGAUUGUAAUUCCCCCAUGAAACAAUGGCUUCAUAUCUUGGCAGUAGUGCUGGAUCCAAUGCUCCCCCUGGAUGUACAGGUGCUGUUCAGGGCUAGGAGCAUCUCUUCAUAGUACACCAGCUGAGCCUUUACCUGGAGAAAUGAGACCCAGCAUCAAGUCAUUCACACCUAAGUCCAGGGGGUGGAGAACACCUGUACUUCUGAUGUCAUUGGAUUACAAUUCCCAUCAUUCCUAUUGGCCAUGCAAAACACUGGUGAAACAGAUGCAAUUCUCCUCUCCCUCCCUCCCCUUUCAUUACAUGUCUUAUCAAACUCCACCCUUGAAGUUCUCUGAAAACUUGGAAUCAUUGUGGGUCUGCCCUUUCUCACAUCCACCACUGAUUGUGGCAGCAAGCUGACCCAGUAAUCUGUUUACCAUACAGGUGUAUGUGUGCUUUCCAUGCAGGGCCAGCUUCAGGUUUAGAAGAGGUCCUGGGCAAAGUGUCCUAAGAUGCCCCCACCCUGGUUACCUGGCAGUAGCAUCAGCAGCACUCGAAAGGUGGUUGUGAUCUGCCAUCUUAAUUUCCCACAGUGCUCCCAGAGUGCCCCAUGUAGUGCUCACUCUGGGGCACUGGGGAAAUUAAAAUAGGAGCUUGGAUACAGAGCUGAUUGAUGUGGAGUGCUCAAGGCAAGGGUCAGUGCCAGCAGACCCCAAGUGCUUUCCAAGACAGAACUCCAUUCUCUUUUCCUCCUUUUGUUGAAUGUGAGCUGGGUCAUGCUCACCUUCCCCAUAGUUGCAGCAAAAAUGGUGAGCAAAACACAAUUCCACUGGCGAGUUUCAGUAUUUCUUUUAUUGCAUUCAUUGUCUAACAACAAUACUCAGUGGCAGUAACUUUAUAUACACUAACAAAUUAAUCAGGUUAUUUUAAAAAAAUGUAAGAAUACAAAGGGCAACUGGUGGUUGUUGUUUUUUUGUUCUUGUUUUUAUUUUAAUGCCUUCAAGUAACUAAAUGAAGAGAAAUGUCAUUUUCCUGGGAAGUUAAUCAUUUUGAAAGAAGGACAAAUUAAGAAAGCACAAGCAUACAAACUCAGACAGGGCAUUGCAGCAUCUUCCAUGCAGAUGAUUUGACACCUAAAUGCACACAACUAAAACCAGGAUAACAUGCAAUUCAUACAUUACAACCUCGCGCAAUUCCCCAUUCCCUUCCCCUUUGACUGACAAGCCAAUGUUUUGUUUUAAAGCAGUGGGGUCACAGUACACUUCUGCAGGGUGACUUUUGGGCUGCCUUGUCUUAGCCAGAUGCAACGCUAAUUAUAAACAAUUUGUAUUGCAAUUAUGAAUGCAAAAAUCUUUACAAAAACAGGAGCUAAACAGAUGAAACUGACAGAAAAUACUGCUAUGUGAGAAUGUUUUUCUGUGCACUGGGUCGCUGCCAUUUUAAAGUGAUGUUUAGUGUUUCACUUCUUGAUGUUAUUUUAAAUUGGCUCUUUGACUUUCUUCUGCGGUCUACUUCAGUGGCUCCUAGUUAUCCAGUUUCUAGCUAACUGGCUUAGUGGCACAGGUCCUAUUGAACCUGGAACAGGGUUUGGCCUUGUAGCUAUUGGUGAUUAAAUCCUCAUCUUCCUCCCUUGCAAAGAUACUGUGAACACUUGAGCACUGCACUUUUACAAACAGCACCUAACUAAACUGAAAAGUGUCUUACCUUGGUUCACAAAGGAUCCCUUCUGUCACAGUUGCUUCUCUGCUGGGAGAAACAUUGUGUGCCACCCGCCACAUGUUCUGGUUCUCUCCCUGUCCUCCUCCUUUGUAAAGAAACAGUGGCCUCUCAGAAAGGAGCAGCAAACUGCAGUAGGGAAUCCUCUUGCUUAUCAGCUGAUAAAAAUAAUAUAUAUAUAUCCCUGCACAGAAAUACAGGAAGAUGAGUUUGGUAGCCCGACCAAAAGUAUCUAGAUUUUUAGGUCCAGGCUAUCUGUCUGGCUUAGCUGCAUUGCUAUUGUCUAAUUGUAUUAUUUUAAACUGAGUUUGAAUUAUUUUAACUGUAUGUAUGAAUGGUUUUAAUACUGUAAAUAGUUUAAUGUGAUUUUAAUCUAGACUUUUGUAUGCUUUUAAUUAUAUGUGUGCUUUUAUCUGGAAGCCGCCGUGAGUUCCAGUUUUGGAAAAAGGGCGGGGUAAAAAUAACGAUAAUAAAUAAAUAAAUAAAAGUAAACCAUCCAGGAGCCCAAUGCUGGCCCAACCUGCUGUCAUUAAAGAUGACUUUUUUUAAAUAGCCAAAGGCUCAUCCAGCAAGCACUGCAACUCAACCCUUUUGUUUCACUGGUGGUUGUGCAAGAAUCCAUGAAUCUUUUGUCACAUGAUCUUUGUGGGUUGAGAGCUCCUUUAGCCUGAGCUUCUUACUACACUGCAAAGGUAAAAGCAGAUGCCUAGAUCAGUGGUGGGGAACCUGUGCCUCUCCAG